AUGGAGAAGCUUUCUCCAACUCGAGGAUUGCCAUCUGAGCAGCUUACUGCUUUCAGUCCCAUGGGAUAUGAGGCUUUUGCUCAUCGGACAAACCCCGAACCGUUCACUGGAACGGCCACAAUCCGUCCGACUGGUGAUCCGUUCGCCGGUUGGCUAAAUGAUGGGACUUCACGCAUUCUGCCUCAUGCGUCCACUGCAAGCUCUGGGAACAGAACCACCGAGCCCCAGUAUUCGUCUGUUUCGCCUCAGCUGGCCCGCACAGCUAAUGCAGUGCGCACCUCAAUUGGCCCAUUCCAGUACUCGUCUGUCUCCCCUCACUUGUCCCCGACAACCUCUGGCCCUGGUGGAAUGCGAUACUCGCCUUCCCAUGUCCAGGCAUCUCGGUCGCUCGAGCAAAUGGCAUACUCACCUCGUUCCUCAACUCACAGGCAGACGCAUUUGGGGGCAUCACAGUACCCACUCUCUCCUGUCCAGACAGGUAUUGCCAACGCUCGGUACUCGCCAUCCCGUGAAGAUAUUAGUUAUGAAUACAGCCCGACCCCGGAUUUCUUAUCUAGCUUGUUCGCGACCACUCGCGUUCCCUCGGCGGCCACCUCGACUAAUGCACUGACCCAUGUCUCCCCCGAUAACCAAGCUGGUCGCGCCACUGGCACAACCAACCUGCCUUCCCUCUCUGGUGGAAGUCAGGAUGUUACUGAAAAGCAUCGAAGCUUUAUCGUGCACCAGGUCCCUACCGACACCCCGCACCGCUCAAUUGUUAUGAUGUUCCCGAUCAAUGAAUAUCCUUCCAUUGAGGAUGUUUGUCUCAAGCACAUUGAGGCUAGGGGUGUAUUCUCCAUUUCGUUUGGGGAUAUUCGAGAGGCCGUCCAUGCCAUGAAACAGAUUCGCCUAACUCGUCCUUCUUGGCGCGUCUUCGCGGCCGGUUGCGAAGAAAUCGCCAACUUCAAUCGAAUCGCUGGAUCGGCUCCCUCUGCAUCCGUUCCUCGAGAUGGUGUAUUCCUGCUUUCUGUGUGCACCAUUCCAAGCCAGUGGCUCAUGGAACCUAUGGAAGAUAUUGUUAAACAUGUGCUCGCUUCUCUUGGCAGCUUGAGUUCUUGCAACCUUAUCGAGAACGGCACAAACAUGAGUCGAUACCAAGUUGAAUAUUUCAACAAGCGUCAUGCGGCUUAUGCUUUUUCGUGUCUCGAUGGAUUUAAGCUCGAUAGUCUUCGUUUCAAUGUCUCUAUUUGUGCAGAAGAAGACAUACCUACCCCGUCUCAUCUCCGAACCACCAGCUUUGGCUCCCCUCAGAGCCCUGUGACCCCUUAUCAUCUUGUGUCGAAGGAGAGCGAGGUCGAGGAGAAGAUCGAUAUUUCUCCAGCUUCUGAGACAGGCCAGACGAGUGCGGAGCAUGCUAUUGAUCUCGACCGAAUCAGGCAAGGACUAGACGUUCGCAGCACUGUCAUGAUCCGCAACAUUCCCAAUAAAAUAACCUCGGACCAAUUGAAGAGUAUCCUGGACGAGUCUAGUUAUGGGAAGUAUGACUUCCUCUAUCUUCGCAUGGAUUUCACUCAUCGUUGCAACGUUGGUUACGCGUUUAUGAACUUCGGUGAUGCAAUUGACAUUAUUGAUCUGGUGCACGCUCGAGAGGGCAAGACGUGGCCGGACUGCAUCUCCGAGAAGAGGGCUGAGGUUUCUUAUGCCACACUUCAAGGCAAAGAGGCUCUCGUGAACAAGUUCCGCAACAGUAACGUUAUGACCCGGCCUCACGAAGAGCGACCUCGACUCUUCCAUAUUGACGGCCCUCGUGCAGGCAGCGAAGCGGCUUUCCCCGGCCCCAAUGACGCCAGUAAGCUGCGUCGAUCGGUUGCUAGCACCACCCAGCAAGGCCUCUUUGCACCACGGAACCGAGCUCCCACUACACCUCGCACCAACCGCACGCGUCCGCAAUCCCAGUCAUUCAGCCAGACUCCACGGGGUCGUCAAUCCGUUCGAACUCCCCGGCAUUCUGGCGGACGCUCUGUCCAGCAUGCCCCUGGCGAAUUUGCUUCGAUGCAGGAAGAGGACCGCCAGUUCAUUUCGAGGAGAAAUUAA